AUGGAAUGUAUAAUCCAAGCCGGAUCAGGCGGAAAUCUCGAAAUCCUAAAAUUCCUCCUAUCCUUCCUCCCACACGAAAUGAUCCAGUCCGAGCAGCAGAUUUUGCCAGCUUUMAAGAAUUCCUUAGGCCGAGCAGCAGCAGCAGCAAAUCUCACCCAAACAGUCUCCCUUCUGCUCAACUUCAUCAAAGACCAUAUCCCUAAAGGAGAAGAGACAUUCAGGGAUAUCGUCAGCACCCUCCUCCCCUUAGACGCCGCACAAACCAACGCCCUCGAAACAACAACCCUUCUCCUAGAUUCUUCUUUCUCCGCAAAUGUCAAUUUUCUGGAAAAGGAGCAGAAAAUCAGCGCGCUUCAUGUCGCUGUUAUGGCUGGUCAUUCGGAGAUGAUUACUCUUUUAAUCCGGGACUAUGCAGCUGAUAUUCAUCUUGGAAGUGGGAAAUUCGCUAAUGGGCCGAGUCCGAUUUGGUAUGCCAUCGAUUCCCAGUCCGAGGAGGUGACGCGGUUGAUGUUGGGGUUUGGAGGGCCUGUGGAGAGUGUUGAUGAUGAAGUUGUUGGGGGAGAGAUCAAGAGGGUUUGGGUUGUUGCUGGUGAGGGGUAUCGGAAACCUGUGAGGGUUCUUAAGAAGAUGGAUCCUGUGUGGGAUGAUGAGGUUUCUAGGGAGAGAUUUUUGUGUUUGGAGUUGGAUGAGGGGUGGUUUGAUGGAGUGGAGAUUCGACGGACGGAUGAUGAGCUUAGGGAUGAGAGGGAGUUGAUGGAGGUUGAGGGGGGGGAGGUGUGUGGUUUCUUAGUUGGAAGUAAGUCGUGCUUUCAUGCAUCAUCAUCACACAUGAUGGAAGGAACCGAUAUUAGAGACAACUCCCAGCCGUGUCCAUCCCAAAAUGCCCUUCCAAUAAGUCUUACUACUUUUCUCAAAGUAAACCCGAGAUAUAACAGCAGCCUGGAAGGAAACUACGGAGUAACGUCCGAGGCUCGGAAGAUGUGGUUCUGGUACCUUAUGCAAGUAUCACUACAUAGGCGAACUCUAAACUGCUUAAUUGGGUUUUCGAUCUGCUGCCAUCCUUAG